AGGAAAAUUAAAAGUCAAAAUGAAUCAUAAUCUAAUUAGGUCCAAUCGAGAAGAUCGCGUCGCAGCGACCAAACCAACAACGGUUAUGAUGUUCCACGAGCGCUACACGGCCGGUGAAACAACUGGAGGUCUAAGUGUAUUGUUCACCGUGCUGUGUAUAGUGGACCUGUUUGGUGUCUUCCCUGUCGUGGCCUUGCCGAAGACUAUUAUUUCCUGUGGUAUAUACGGAAUACCUCUCGUGGUAUUAGUGUUCGCGUUGCAACUCUACACGGCAGUUCUCCUCGGGAGAAGCUGGCUGCUGGCACAUGAAAUAUCACCGGAUAUCAGAGAGAAAAGCAGGUUUCCCUAUGCAGCGGUUGCCGAGCUGGCUUUUGGCACGCAAACGAGAAGGCUUGUGACGUUUCUCAUAGAUGCGACCGUGUUCGGUGCUGGUGUACCAAACUUUAUAUUUGCCUCUGAAAGUAUGCAAUUAUUUUGGUGGAAGAUCACUGAUGGGGCAGUGGGGGUGUCCUAUUGUAUAUGGAUGAUAUUAAUUGGUCUCCUGCUCUGUCCUGUCAUGUGGCUGGGCUCGCCGAAAGACAUGAAGCCCAUAGCGCUGUUUUCGGUGUGCAUCGUGACCACGGUGGCGGUGUCCACGUGGUGCUGCAUCUACCUCGACGACACGUCGCCGCCCCCCUCCGGGGACUUGCUGCAGUACAAGCCCAACCCGAGGGACUUCCUGGUCGCUUACGGGAUUAUUGCGUUCCAGUUCGAUAUCCAUCCGAUGUUGCUGACCCUUCAAGUGGACAUGAAAGACAGUCGGAAGAUCAACUCGGCAGUUCUCGGUGCGUUCACCAUCACCGGUCUCAUGUUCACGGUCACCUCAUUGCUGGCUGCGAAUAGAUAUGGGAACAAUAUCGAGAGUAAUAUACUGCAAGGCAUGCCGCCAUCAGUCACGUUGUACAUCCUGGCCCUGUUGGUCACAUUACAACUUUGUUUCUCGAGCGCCGUCAGCAACUCCGCUCUCUUCCUACAUAUUGAAGACUUGCUCAAGAUACCCAGAGAAUUCUGCGUACAACGUUGCCUUCUCCGCUCAGGGAUCGUCGCCUUAGCAGUUUUUCUUGGAGAAUCGGUGCCGAGAUUCGACCUCGUUAUGGGUCUAAUUGGAUCUACUUUAACCGGACCAUUAAUGUUUGUAUUCCCCCCAUUAUUUUUCCUAAGACUCUGUUAUAAGAGAUCUCAAAUUAAAGCUAGCGCAAUGCCUCAUAACGGAAAGAAAAAAUGCGUCCGUUUUAGUGACAGCCAUAUCGAUAAUGGCGGGAAAACAAUUCAAAAUAGCGGAAGCGCUUUUACGAAUGGCACCCAAAACGGUUACGAUCACACUCCAAAACUCCCGCUCAUCGUGAACAGAUUCCAGACAAAGUAUAGAACUUUUAUGAAUGAAUACGUCGAUAUGAAAUCGGAAAUCGACAUGAAUGAUUAUGCAGUUAAAUGGUACGACGUAUUAGUAGCUGUGGCUGUGAUGUUAAUGGGUAUAGCGGCCACUGUGGUCGCCACCUAUAUAAGUUGGUCGAACGCCGUUUCGGCGUCAGGAUUCUCGCAGCCAUGUCUGUUGAAUGCGACUGCCGCUGCCCGUAGUUUUAUUGAAUCCACGAAUCAUGUUCUAUAGAAAUAUAUAUUUCCAAUUCGCAAAUAACUACAAAUGAAGUCACAAGUCACCACGAUCGUAUUUAUUUAGGUUAUAUAAACAAAAACGGUUGUUGGUAUUAUCUCUUUAUAGCCUCCGACGCUCUUGAUCCACCAUAAAAGGUACCAUACGUAUUUUUUUAUACCAUCAACUUAGUUGUAACUCGCCCUAAGUUGAAUAUAAGUAUAAGGCCGCGUUAUAUAUAAUAUAUAAAAAGCUAUAGAAUCUCUUGUAUAUGGACUUUUUACCGUCCCAAACUCGUGUCUUAUAUACUGC